GCACUGACUGACAGAACAGGCCAAGCUCUGCUCUGAGAGGCCUUGACACCUUCCCCAGGGGGCUGGAGACGUGUGUCCUCGGCCACCACGUCCAAAGCAGUCCAGGGGGACAGCCCUUGGGCGCUGCCUCGGCCCGGUCCCGCAUCGCCGUCAGAGGCCCGGGGCCGCAAAGCGUCCCCAGGUGUGGCAGGGCGGAGCGGGGCCGCCCGGCGGGGGGGGUGACAGCCGCGCAGGUGACAAUCAGCCCGUCGCCCUCCCCCGGCCAGGGCGAGCAGGCGUUAAAUCGUGAGGAAUCGCUUCAGGACCGGCCCCUGAAGCCUGGAGCCGUCGGACAUGGAGCCCUUGUUACAAGUAGGAGCUGUGCCUCCUGUCCUUUGCAGAACACACUGAAAAGUAUCAGUUCUGCACCUUUGUACUGAAGUGCAGGCUAUCCGAUGCACUCUGGUGAACUGUAGUUGCCAGUGUUUCAAACCUGGGAAAAUAAAUCAGCGACAAUGUGACCAGUGCCGGCAUGGAUGGGUAGCACAUGCCCUGAGCAAAUUAAGGAUUCCCAACCUCUAUCCAUCAAGCCAGGUAGAAAUAGUUCAAUCCAAUGUUGUCUUCGAUAUCAGUAGCCUCAUGCUAUAUGGAACCCAAGCCAUUCCCGUACGCCUUAAAAUUCUGCUAGAUAGACUUUUCAGUGUUCUGAAGCAGGAAGAAGUGAUACAGAUUCUCCAUGCUCUGGAUUGGACACUACAGGAUUAUAUACGUGGAUAUGUGCUACAGGAUGCUUCAGGAAAGGUACUGGAUCACUGGAGCAUAAUGACCAAUGAAGAAGAACUGGCUACUUUGCAGCAAUUUCUUCGUUUUGGAGAAACUAAGUCCAUUGUAGAGUUAAUGGCAAUUCAGGAGAAAGAAGGUCAAUCAAUUAUAAUACCACCACCAGCUGCUAAUUUGGAUAUUAGGGCAUUCAUAGAGAGCUGCAAUCAACAUAGUCCUAAUUUUUCUGCUUCCUUGGACAAAAUGAGCCCCACUAACAUUCAUCCCUUUGAGAAUAUUGUAAAUAACAUGGCUUUCAUGUUGCCAUUCCAGUUUUUCAGUCCAGUGCCUCCACCUUUGAUAGGUUCACCACCAGAAAGACACUUGAUUGAUCAAGGUCAAGACCAUAGCAAUGAAACUAAACAAGAUGUUCAUAUACCAUUUUCUGAAAGCAGCUUCUUAACUUCUAGUUCUGCACCAUUUCAAGUUGACAAUGAGAGGAGCAUAAAUGGUCCAGAUGUCACCACUAAAACAGAAGAUGAUGCCCUUUUAAGUGAUUCCAGUUCACAUAAUACAGCAGCAAAGCUUGAAAUGACAGCACUAUCUCCAGAAACCAAAAUGAAAUCUGUUGAAAAAAAUGGCACUGGGCCAAGGAAAGGGCGUGUUUUCUGCACUGCAUGUGAAAAGACAUUUUAUGACAAAGGUACUUUGAAAAUACAUUAUAAUGCUGUUCAUCUGAAGAUAAAGCACAAAUGCACAAUUGAGGGCUGCAAUAUGGUAUUUAGCUCUUUGCGUAGUCGAAAUCGUCAUAGUGCAAAUCCUAACCCCAGACUCCAUAUGCCAAUGAAUAGAAAUAACAGGGAUAAAGAUCUCAGAAAUGGUUUGACCCUUGCUGGACCUGGAGAUAGUAAAAGGACAGAAUUUACAAUUUUAACUCCAGAUAGCAGAACUAUUACCAGCUAUGCCAGCUCUUGUACAGACGCAAAGGGUCAGGCUGGAUUUCCCAGUAUUGGACAGAAUGGUGUCCUCUUUCCAAACCUAAAGACAGUACAGCCUGUUCUUCCUUUUUAUCGUAGCCCAGUUACACCAGCUGAGCUUGCUAAUACUCCAGGUACUCUUCCUUCUCUGCCUCUCGUUUCUUCCUCAAUACCAGAGCAGCUUAUUUCAAAUGAAUUGCCAUUUGACAUGCUACCUAAGAAGAAAUCUCGUAAAUCAAGUAUGCCUAUUAAGAUAGAGAAAGAAGCUGUUGAAACACCUAAUGAAAGUAGUGAUGUUGCCAGUUCUGAAGAUGAUACACGUCUGCAAGUGGUAAGCGAUGGAGAGCUUGAGUCCUGUGAGCAUAAGAUAGAGAAGCGGGUGACCGACAGGGUGGAAAAUCACCCCCAUUCAGGUAAUUCAUGGAAAUCUGUCUCUGGGGUAGAGGGCCCAAAGUAUUUUGAAUCUGUCUUUGCGCCAGAUAACAAAUACAUCAAGGAUAUCUCUGAAAAUGAAUUGCAUCACUGUGAGAAAGAGGUUAAACCAGAAGAAAACCAACCAUUAAAAAUAGUUCCCCAUGAGAUUAUAUAUGAAGAUCCAAAACACCACCACAAUGAUGUUAUAAAACCAAUGACUGAACCCCCCAUGUAUAUUAAAGAGCAGUCAAAGCGCAGGAUUCCUAAAGAUGACUGCCCUGAAUUGCAACACCACUUGCUGACCGGGGGCUUUUUCAGCACUUUGUCAAACAGGGGUGCUGCCAUUCCUUGUUUUGAAGACUCUAAAGAUAUGGAUCAUGUCAGUCAACAUGCACUAGGGAUUCAGAAGGAAGAAAGCCGCUUUCAUUGUGACAUCUGUAAGAAGACUUUUAAAAACCCUUACAGUGUAAAAAUGCAUUUUAAAAAUGUACAUCUCAAAGAAAUGCAUAUUUGCACAGUUGAGGGCUGUAAUGCUGCUUUCCCUUCUCGUAGAAGUCGAGACAGACAUAGUUCAAACCUAAAUCUUCAUCAUAAGCUUCUGACUAAAGAUACACUGGAAUUCAACAACCAUUUCAAUGCAGCAUACCUCUUGAAAGACAUGGCUAAGGAGUUUUGUCAAGAUGUCUCUUUAAAACAACAUGUUGGACAUACUUCUGUAAUCUUCAAAGGAAUGAACAGAACAGGCAGCUUGGUUUUUCCAAUGAGCAAAAUUAGAGAACCCUGUUCUGAGAGUUACGGAUAUGAUCCAUUGAAUGAUGGAGCUGUUCUGGAUCUAAGCACUACUUCCAGCAUUAAAUCUGAGAGCAGUGCCCAUUCUUCUUGGGAUUCUGACGGAGGAAGUGAAGUGUGCACCAUGCCCUUGGAUGAUAGUGAUGAAAGCUGUGAAGGACCCAGCCUAAUGCCUAACGAUGAACUCUACCAAGACUGUACUUUAAUUGAGAAAGCUAAUCAGAACUUUAUAAAUUUACCUUCCAGUUUGCCAAUAACUUGUCAUAUAUGUCAAAAAACUUACAGUAAUAAGGGAACUUUCAGGGCUCAUUACAAAACUGUGCAUCUCCGCCAACUCCACAAAUGUAAAGUCCCAGGUUGCAACACAAUGUUUUCAUCUGUUCGCAGUCGGAACAGGCACAGUCAAAACCCUAAUCUGCACAAAAGUCUGGCUGGGUCACCAACUAGCCUACAGUAAGAUCAUGCUGAUCUGACUCUGUUUCUGCUAGGAAUUAAUCAUUUCAAUUAAGGAAUGUGUUAAAAAUAGUUUUGUUUAAACUCAUUUGACUUCUAGCCCACUCAACAACCACGGUCAAAUUCUUUUCUUCCUUGUGUGCUCUCCGGCAGUUUUAUUUAGCAAAGCUUGGUGCCAUAGAUUUUGUGCAAUUGUUUAGUUUGACGUAAAGUAGCUAGUGCUUCUGCAAGGAAAAGAAAGCAGUUUUGAAAUGGGGAAGAUAUGGAGUCACUCACUAAAGUAUUUCUGAUACCUGUGAAGUAUUAUUUGCCACAGUAGGAACUUCAAAUGAGAACUGUCAUCCUUUUUGUUUACAUGUAAAAUGAGUUGUUGUGUUGUGUAAGAAAUGAGUAACAAUUGCGUUGUUUCCUCUGGUUGGGUUGAGAGUUUUGGGGCUACCAUUUCAUUCCUGAGACCUUAGUCUGAAGCUGACUUGCAGUAUUAAUUGAACAUGGUAUUUGCAGUUUACUGUAUCCUGGAAUCUAAAAGAUAAAAUGCAAAUUUCGGAAGACUUGGCAUACAGUCCAAAUCUUCUGAAAUCCUGUAGUCCUUACUCUUCAAGUUGGCAUUUCACUUGAAUCCAGUUUGCAAUAUUUUGCCUUUUUUAAGAUUUAAUACCAUUUGUUUUGCAAAAGGAGAGGCUAUUUAACUUGGCAGGGUUGCCUGAUUAACUCUGAGAGAUUCUGAUAGAUUGUAGUGGCAGAAAGAAAGCAGGUAAGAAAAAUUUCUGAACUGCAGCAAAUGUAUCUGUGAAAUAGGGGAAAAAUAAUUUAAAAUGCACUUUUUGAGUUUCCUCUUUCAGGAAGAGAAAACGUUUUGUUUAAAAUGGGGGGAAAAAGAGAAAUAUAAACUGUUUUUAAGAGUUUGAAGUUGCAAUUCUAAGCCUUUGAGAGACAAAGAUAAAAUGGAUGCAGUCGAUACCUUUCAUGAUACAUCACUUAUUGUUUCUCUUACUGGUGGUGGAAAACACAAGUUGAUCUUUGUAAUGGUAGAAUGCUUAUUCUCGUUCACAUCUCUUUUUAUGAGAACAUUGUUCAAUAUCUGUUAAAAUGUUUAAUAUCCUUGUACUUGUCCCUGUAAUUAACAGUAUUCUGCAUUAUGUUCUAUGCACUUAAGAAGACUGGUCUUGCAUUGUAUUUAAAAAAAAAAAAAAAAAAAACAACUUCAAUAUUUAAUUUGUAGUCACAUCAUACAAAUGCUGUGUAUGUUCUUGUGGUGCAUCUUCUUUGACUGAAUAAUUCCCAGACAGAAGAAAAAAUACUAAAGCAAGUCUUACAAUAAUUUUUUUUAAUUCACCAGUUGAAAUGGCUCAAUCAGUUGUAGUAUGCAAGCAUGAUAUUGACAGCACAACCUGUACAUAUUAUACCAAAGUGCUUACAGUAUUUGUGGUUUCUAGAACUAGUCUAGUUUUCCAGUAUAACUGGAUCUUAGUCCUUAUUCAUUUUUGUGACUGAAUAAAAAUAGACUGAGUUUCUGGAUUUAGUAUGUAUGUAGAAAGACUAGUACAAUGCUAUUGCCAUAUGUCUUGAUGUUUAACUUAUUCUAAAAUAUACUAUGGUAUUGUAACCAUUUCAUAUUGUAUAAAGAAAACAAAAGUGGACUGAAUAUUUCACUAAUUCUUUUGAAAACUGGUUUGUGUGUGAGUAUGGGUUAUGCAAGGAAAAAACAUGACACAGUUGUAAAUGUUUGUGCUCAGUAGAAAUGGUUUCCAUGCAUUGUGUAAAGUAAUCUUCUAUUUUUUUAAUUUACAGUAGGUUUAUGUGAUAUUUAAAAUAAUCCAUUUGUGCUUGAAACUAUUAUCCUGGGGGAAGCUGUCCCAUUGCUUUGGGUUUGUUUUUUUUGUGUGUUUUGGCAGGAGGGUCAGUGUUUUGGGUUUUGUUUGUUUUAAAUGAGACCUCGUAUUAGUGGCGAUCGUGGAUUGAAAGCUAAGGGCACAAUCGUAGGAGACACAAUUGCUCCCAGCCUUUUGAUAGUGUAAAUCAAUGAUUUGUUAUACAGCUAUUUCAAGCUCUUUUUAUAUAUGUAAAUAUAUAUAAACCUAUUUGUUUAAUCAUAAACGGUGUUUUUUUGAAACAGUGUGAUGUAAACUAAUGCUGUAAUGCCCAUUAAUAUAGCUUUCACUGUGUCCAAAAAGGAAACACAUUUGUAUAUCCUAACAAUUUUGUAUGUGUUAAUAAAAGCAAAUAAUAAUGCCUCUGGUUGAUUCAGAAAAAUAGGCUUUUGUGACUGGAAAAAAAAAAUCAUUAUUCUUCAUUUUCAUUUAAAAAAUGAUAAUCGUGAAAAAACAUUCCCACUGUGGAGAGCACUGUUUUGACAGUGGUACUAACUUAUUCCAUAGUAAGGAAGUGUCAUUAUUGUAAUGAGCCAGUAGAGAUGAUAUAAUAAAUGUUGCCAGAUAUUUCAUUGAUUUUUUUUUUUCCUUUGAGCAGUAGGCAAGGGGAGACAUUAGUUUAAGUGUUAUCAACUAAAUAGAAGGUAAAUAUCAUUGGGAACUAUGUUAAGAUAAA